GUUGUCAAGGUAUAAGAAACCAAACUGGUAGAUUCGGCAAACACUUUCACACACACUCUAACCGUCUUAACUCUGUGAUAUAUCGUCGUGAGUUACUUCACUUGUGACAACAUGGACGUGUCAGACAGGAGAAUUGUCAUCUUGGGAAAAACUGGAGUCGGGAAAAGCAGCCUGGCUAACACCAUAUUUGGAGAGACACCGUUCAAGGUCGACCACAGUCUCAGCUCUGGAACGCAAGAAUGUCAAGCACAAACCAGUUUGGUCAAUGGAAGAAACAUCACUUUGAUCGACACUCCUGGUUUCUUUGACACAAAUAGACCCGAGGAGGAGCUGAAGCCUGAGAUAGUGAGGUGCAUCACAGAGUGCGCUCCUGGGCCUCAUGCUUUUCUCAUUGUGCUUACAUGGGGUAGUUUCACAGAGCAGGAGCAGGCUGUCAUCAACAAAAUAAAAGAAUACUUUUCUGAAGAAGUCUUCAAAUAUACAACAAUCAUCUUCACUCACGGUGACCAGCUCCCUGAAGGAAAGAAAAUUAAUGAUUUGCUUCACGGCAAUAAGUCUGUGAGUGAUCUGGUGAAGAAGUGCGGAGACCGCUGCCACGUCAUUGAUAAUAAAUACUGGAAGAACAACCAACAGGAUGAAUACAGGAACAACCACUUCCAGGUGAAGGAGCUACUGAAGACAAUAGACAAUGUAACUGGGGCAAACAAAGGAGGCUGCUACACCAAUGAGAUGCUACAAGCAGUGGAGGAAAAAAUACAACAAGAGGAGGAGAGCAUUAGACAGUCACCAGGAAACAUGUCAAAGGAAGAGGUCAGGAAGCAGGCUAAGGGCACUGUAUUUAACAGGCUUUCGAUCAAACUGGCAGGUUUUGGAACAGGUGCAUUGUUAGGAGCUUUAUGGGGUUUGACGUUAGGAAAUGUAACCAAAAUGGCAGCAGCUUUAGGGUUAGCAGCAGGAGGAAAACGAGAGAAGGCAUUAACCACACUUGCACUGGCAACUGCUGCUGUAGUGGGAGCAGUGACAGGAGGGUUAAAAGGAUAUGAGGCAGCUGAGGGAGCAGGCACACCCUGGGAAGCAGCUAAAAGGGCAGCAGGUGUCAUAAAGGAUGAAGGUUUGGGGGAAAGCCAAUCACAGCCAGCUUUGAAACAGAGUCAGAAUCUGAAGUGAAUGAAAAUGAGCUGUGACUCUACAAGACGAGGGACAGUUUAAAAAGUCAACUAUUGAGUUGAUUAUGUUUAUUCAUAUGUAAUAAGUAAGAGGUUGUUCUUAGCUGACCUUAACCACUGAGUGUCUGUUUGAUGUGUUGUUAAGUGCUUUAAUUGUAAACUGUAGCCACAAACCACAAAUAUAAAUUGUUUUAACAUCUUUUACACAUUAGAUCUUUCAAAAUGUCAAACCAGUGUACACUGUUGGCUGCAUUUCUGUCUUUAGUUGAUAUAUCGAUGAU